AGCAGUAAACCGUCUUCACAGAUGUGAAUUCACAUUUAACUGACAAUCGAUUGUCGAAGCAGUGUAUUUGUGUUCAGGUUUAAAUAUAAAUUAGAUUAACAUUUCGAGAUGGGAAGAGAUUAUUACGCUGUUUUGGAAAUUAAUCGCAAUGCAACUGAUACUGAUAUCAAUAAAGCGUACCGGCGGCUCGCGCUGAAGCAUCAUCCGCGCGGCAGCAGCCACGCGUGCUCCGCCGAGCGCUUCAUUCUGCUCGCGGAGGCAUUUGAUGUGUUGAGCGACCCACGUAAAAAGGCCACUUAUGACAAGUUUGAAGAGGAGGGUUUGAAAGGAGGAAUCCCAUCUGAGCUGGGGGCCAGUGGUGCCUGGUCAUCAGGAUAUACCUAUCAUGGAAAUGCAGAAGAAACAUUCAGACAGUUUUUUGGAGGAGAUAACCCUUUUGCAGAUUUCUUUACCACAGAUGGUAGUGAGGUAAACACAGGUUUGAGCACCCUGCGUGGACAAAAAGAAAAAAUACAAGAUCCACCAAUAGAGAGAGACCUUCACUUAGCCUUGGAGGACCUUUACUAUGGGUGCACAAAGAAGAUUAAGAUAUCCCGUAGGGUGAUGAAUGAAGAUGGACUCACAUCUAGCAUCAGGGACAAAAUUUUAACCUUCAAUGUAAAAGCAGGAUGGAGCGAAGGGACGUGCAUUACAUUCCCAAAUGAAGGAGACCAGGGACCAAACAAUAUCCCAGCAGAUAUUGUUUUCGUUAUAAGACAAAAGCAUCAUCCACGCUUUGUCCGCCAAAAUGACGACUUGUACUACACCGCACACAUCUCGCUUGAAAAGGCUUUGACUGGAUUCUCAGUGGAAGUUGAGACACUAGAUAGCAGGCUUCUCAACAUUCCAAUUAAUGACACUGUGCACCCACAGUACAACAAAGUUGUGACAGGGGAGGGAAUGCCUCUGGCCAGCAGCCCAUCCAGAAGAGGGGACCUGAUCAUUCGCUUUAUUACACAUUUUCCAGAGAAGCUCUCUGCAAAGAAGCAGCAGCUUCUGAAACAAGCACUCACAGAUCCCAUCAUAAAUAUUUAAAGUCUAUUUAGUUGUC